UGGGUCCCUUUUUCGCACGUGCGCGCCGAAACCGGACGCCGUCACGCCGGUGCCGUCGCCGCCAAAAUCCGCCGCGGUUUCGCCUUGGCGCGGCCGCCCACCAUUUCUGCGCGGCCACCCCACAGAAAAGCUUCGCCCAUGCCGUCGCUGCCGACGCCGACGCCGACGCGUCGUCCUCUUCUUCUCUCUCCACCUCAUUCGAACCCGCCAUGGCCGGCUCCAAGCCCCUUCCGCUCCGCCUCGCGGCGCCGCUGGCCCUCGCCCUCCUCCUCGCGCUCGCCCUCGUCGCCAACUUCCUCUGGGCCGCCUCCUCUCGUCGAGUCUCCCCGCUCUCGGCCUCCUCUUCCAGAACGGUGAUGCGGAAGCGCGCAAAGGCGGUGGGGCACCUGAACGCGACGUACGCAGACCUGCCGGCGCCGCACUGGGACUGGGAGGAGAUGCCCGCAGCGCCCGUGCCACGCCUCGACGGGGCGUCGGUUCAGAUUGGGAAUCUCCUCUACGUCUUCGCCGGAUACGGGGACAUCGACCAUGUCCAUUCUCAUGUUGAUGUUUAUAAUUUCACUUCUAACACAUGGGCCGAAAGGUUUGAUAUGCCCAAGGAGAUGGCACAUUCUCAUUUAGGAAUGGCCUCAGAUGGUAGAUACAUUUAUGCAGUUUCAGGACAGUAUGGACCACAGUGCCGCGCCUCGAUCAAUCGCAACUUUGUUUUUGACACAGAGACUAGAGAGUGGCAUGAGUUGCCCCCUUUACCACUUCCUAGGUAUGCACCAGCUACUCAGCUUUGGCGUGGGCGGCUCCAUGUGAUGGGUGGAGGCAAAGAGGACCGCCAUGAACCUGGAUUGGAGCAUUGGAGCCUUGCUGUCAAGGACGGCAAGGCACUGGAGAACGAGUGGCAAGCUGAAGUACCCAUACCACGAGGUGGACCUCAUAGGGCAUGUGUUGUAGCUAAUGACAAACUAUUUGUGAUUGGUGGACAAGAGGGAGACUUUAUGCCUAAACCAGGAUCACCUAUUUUUAAAUGUGCACGGAGGCAUGAGGUUGUGUAUGGCGAUGUGUAUAUGCUAGAUGAUGGUUCCAAGUGGAAGCAACUGUCUCCAAUGCCAAAGCCAGAUUCCCACAUUGAAUUUGCAUGGGUUGUCGUUAACAACUCCAUAGUAAUUGUUGGAGGAACUACAGAGAAGCAUCCUAUCACCAAAAAGAUGAUUCUUGUUGGUGAAGUCUUCUGUUUUGAUUUGGAAUCGUUGACCUGGUCAGUCAUUGGGCGCAUGCCUUUCCGAAUCAAGACAGCCUUAGCUGGGUACUGGGAGGGGUGGCUCUAUUUUACUUCUGGGCAGCGAGAUCGUGGGCCUGAUAAUCCAGCUCCAAAGAAAGUUGUUGGAAGUAUGUGGAGAACGAGGCUACACUUGUGAUGGUAGAAGUUGUGGCAGUUUUUCUGAAAAUUUGUAGAUUUGCGUCUGAUUUCUAGUGUAACAGCUAGGUCCCUCUCAGAGAAUUUGCUUGUAUUUAUUUUGUUGUCUUCGAAUGCAUAUUAUCUAUUUUGACUAGAUUUUUUAAAUUUAACAUUUUGUCUACUUGCUUGUAAAUUGCCUGAGUACUGGCAGUAAAACCUUGUAAAUACCGCCUUUUCCAACAGAGGUGUUUGCCUAAACAAAGCAAAGGUUUCUGGCUUGAGGUAAAUCUGCAUGACUGGAUCUGUUUCCAUUUUCUGACA